UAGGUGGAAUUUUCGACCAAAGUGCCGAGAUGAGCAACGCAGAGAGAGCUUUCCGCUUCGCCAUAGAGCGGCUGAACGCCCAGAACUACUUCAACGGCACAACCUUAGUGCCAGACGCCCGCCACGUGGCCAACAACGACAUUUUUAAUGCCACCAAAACAGUUUGUCGACAGUUGUCCAAGGGAGUUGCCGCCAUCUUUGGCCCUGCCUCGCAGGAGAGCGCCACAGCUGUGGGAUCGGUCUGCAGGACCAUGGAAAUCCCCUUCGUGGAAACGAGGUGGGAGCACGAACCGCGCGACAGUCUGAAGACCUCCAUCAACCUCCAUCCCAGCAACAAGCACAUCAGCAUGGUCAUCAAGGAUAUCGUCUUCUACUACCACUGGACGACUAUCACGAUCGUGUACGAGGAAGAUGCCGCGCUGACGCGUUUACAGGAGGUCCUACACGCCUCGGCAGAGCCCAUGAAGAUCAAGGUCACUGUCUACCGCAUCCCGUCCAGGCCGGACAUGCGGGACCUGCUGAAGGAGAUCAAGACGUCCGGAGCCAGACACAUCAUCAUUGACUGCCGGAGCGAGACGCUGUAUCCACUCCUGGAGCAGAUUAUGGAGAUGCAGAUGUUGCGAAGUUAUUAUCAUUACUUAUUCACCUCAAUGGACGUCGCCCUCCUAAACAUGUCCCGAUAUAACGGGGACGGGGUGAACAUCACGGCCGUCCAUCUUCACGACAGGGAAAGCGCGCAGUUCCAUCGAGUCGCCGUGGAGUGGCGGGCGAGGUUCCGCGGAACCGAUGCCCACCCGAUGGAUAAAGGCUUGACGACGGAAGCAUCGCUGGUGAUUGAUGCAGUGAACGUCAUGGCCCAAGCGCUGACGAUGGGCAUCGGUCGCAAUAUGACUCUCCAACGUCUUUCCUGCUUCGACAAACGGCCUCAUAGUCCUAGCGUGUGGGACUACGGGCUGUCAUUCUUCAACUACUUGAAAAGCGUGAACUUGAAGAACGGCCUGACUGGUGACGUCAACUUCAGCGCCUUCGGGGAACGGGAGAACCCAACGAUAUUUAUCUCUGAACUGACUGAUACAAACGGAUUGGAACAGAGAGGCUUCUGGAACACGUCAAGGCAACUGUACAUGAAGCCUCGAGAUGAAACCAUCAUUACAGACCCUUCCUCCUUCAUCAACAGAACACUGAUUGUUACAACUAUAAGGGAGCAGCCGUACGUCAUGUUCAGGGAGACCAAAGAUGGAGUCCCGGUCACUGGUAAUGCCCGCUACUAUGGUUACUGCAUCGACAUGCUGCAGAAGAUCUCUGAGCGCCUCCAUUUCAACUACCAGAUUGUGGAGGUGGAGGACGACAACUACGGCUCAAAGUUGGAAUCCGGAAGAUGGAACGGCAUGGUUGGGGAACUAAUUGAAAGGAAAGCUGAUCUGGCUGUGGCUCCACUGACCAUCACCUACAGCAGAGAGCAGGUCAUGGACUUCUCCAAGCCCUACAUGCAUCUAGGCAUCACCAUCCUGUAUCGCAGCCCGGAGCCCCAGAACCCGGGCGUCUUCUCCUUCCUCAACCCCCUCUCCUUCGACGUCUGGCUCUAUGUGGUCCUGGCCUUCUUCCUUGUCAGCAUCACCCUCUUCCUCCUGGCCCGUUUCAGCCCCUACGAGUGGUACAACUCCCACCCGUGCAACCCAGAGUAUGACGAGGUCGAGAACCAGUUCAAUCUGACCAACUGUUUAUGGUUCUCCUUCGGCGGGCUGAUGCAGCAGGGCUCGGAGGUCAACCCCCGGGCUUUCUCCACCAGGGUCCUGAGCGGCUUCUGGUGGUUCUUCUCUCUCAUCCUGGUGUCGUCGUACACCGCUAACCUCGCUGCCUUCCUGACUGUGGAGAGGAUGGUGUCUCCCAUCAGCAGUGCCGAUGAUCUCUCCAAGCAAACUGAGAUUGAGUACGGCACAAGAAGUGGCGGAUCGACGGAAACAUUUUUCAGUCGCUCAAAAAUCCCCACCUACCAAACAAUGUACGAGUUCAUGAGUGCCCGACCGCACGUCUUCUCGAAAACCUACGACGCUGGGAUCGAGAGAGUCCUGAACUCCAAGAACUACGCCUUUCUCUUGGAGUCCACCACGGCGGAGUACCGCAUCUCGCAGCACUGCAACAAUCUGACGCUCAUUGGAGGGCUGUUGAAUUCAAGGGGCUACGGCAUCGGUACACCGCUAGGUUCAGCCCUUCGGGACGAGGUCACCAAGGCCAUCCUGAGUCUCCAGGAGGACGACACGCUGCUCAAACUCAAGCAGAAGUGGUGGAAGACGAGCAACUGCCAGUCCAGCCUCAACCAGAAGGAGGACGCCAACGAGCUGGGCGUCAAGAACAUCGGCGGCAUCUUCCUGGUGCUCAUCACAGGGCUGCUGGCCGGGGUGAUGGCCGCUGUGGCAGAGUUCGUCUGGAAAUCGCGACAAAAUGCUACACUAGACAGCAAAUCCCUUUGCGGCGAGAUGAUGGCGGAAUUGAGGUUCGCCUGCCGAUGCAACAAGAGGCGAAACAGCAAACCGGUCAUAGAGCACAAGUACAUCCCAACCACGCCCUACCCAGCCCCGGGCAUGAACGGACAGGCCAUACAAAUGGCAGAAACGGUGGCUUGAUGACGUCAGACUCUGAGGCAGACUCUCAGUUUUGACAAAACUAGCCAGUUUGUAAUUUAAACGCCAGUUGACUCAGUGGAUUAGGCCUACGGUGUUUGUUUGUACGAAGGGAAAGCACGACAAGGAGACUACAUUAGAUUUGGACCAGCAGAGAUAAAGCAUUCCUAGGAGACGUGAGAAAGUGGAGAAUUAUGGAGGGAGCUCGCCGAUUCUUUUAGCGUUGUAAACCCUCCUAGGAGACGUGGGAAUCUUGAUCGUUUGAAAAUUGCAGACCCAGAGCCUGCCGCGAACAGUGGGGGCAGCAAACAGUGAGGACUGCAGGUUCGCUGUCUGGAUCACUUUCACAGAGAGCAACUGUGAUUGCUGACUGUAUUCAAUGAAUAAACUUGAAACUUUGCCAGCAUGGUGGUAGUGUAAACUAGUGAGGGUUUUCGGUAACACCAUGUGGAUGAAUCUCUUUUAAGAAGAUGUGUGGUUCUGAAAAAACCGGUGGUUGUGAGACUCGACGUUCCGAUCAGUAUGCUCAGUUUAGUCUAGGUCUUCCAUAAUUUGCAUUUGUAUACAUAUACCGUCCCAGAGCAUCGCGAGGUGAAUUUCAUCCCGCACAGAUUCACACUUCGCAAGCAGCAAUGUAGUAUCAAAAAUCCAAUAUCGUGUCUAGGAUUUUGAGAAAUAUCUCUCUUAGUACAUGCAAGGUAGAAUGUCGUUCAAACAUCACAAAGCCUGGAUAAUGUCUUGGCUACCAAGGUAGCAGCCUCAGUUUUUGUGGACGUCUUGGAGAAAGCUUCCAAUCGGGCGGGAGGUGUAAACGCAGGAGCUAUCACCAAUCGAGAGUGUCUCAACGAGUGACAGGCCCCAGUGAUAUUUAUUGCGUAUUUUUUUGUACUUUAAGUAAUCUAGAUGUGUCCCGAAAUCGGAGUUAAUGUUCUAGCCUAUGGUACCAAUAAUGAGUGAAUGAUUAACAGUCACUAAGUUAUAUUCGCUACUGGUAAACACCGACUUUGGAUAUUCUUCAUUAUGGAAGGAGGCGCUGUCAUUGUUAGAUGUUCAGAUGUAUAGGUGCACCGGCAAGCUCUUCACCGGUCUCUGCUGAGCUGAGCAGGACGACCUGUGACUGUUGAUGGCAAAAAGUACAAGGUUAAAAGUUGAGAUAUGUUUGAAUUUGGACGUUGCUUGUCAUGUAUCUUACUGAUGCAGGCAAUCGGUGGAUGCACGCGUGUAGUCUACGUGAAACAGGGUAGUGUGAGCCAGUUGUGCGGAGGACCAGUUAUCUUUAGCCUACGUCUUGUCGAUGGGCUUAGUUUGGUCGUAAAGGAUCAAUAUUUGGAAACUCCAUCGACUCAGACAUGCAAAAAUAGUGGUUCUGCUCUGGUCGGACAAAAAAUGUCUUUCUUCUUCAAAAACAAUUAUGCAAACGGUGGAGGAAUGCGUCUUCUUCCACAAUCGUUCCUUUAGCAUUGAUUGAUUAACUUCGUAAAUAUAUAUUGAACUUUAGUCAUGCCAACACAUUUACAUGUCGCCCAGCACUCGUAAGAUACUUUGAAUUUCUGUUUAGGCCUCAUUUAACUUGGUUAAGCAAGAACAGGUGCGCUUUUUAAACUAAUUAUUUACACUGUAAACAAUUACACUGUAACAUAAAACCAAAAACGAGGUUCCACAAUUUGUUUUUAUGCACGAUGAGUUUCUUCCAUAUAAUAAUAUCCUUCAUAGACAAAACUACAUCUACAUAAGAGAAUUAAA